UCAUCGUCUUCGCCACUACCGCAAUUAGUGGUGGCCUUACAGUCACUCAGUCAGACAGACAGACAGUCAUCAAGACAUUGCAGUGCGUUUUAAUUCUUCCUAUUCUUUCAUCUACAAAAUUGCAAACAUUUUGUAGGAGAACAAACAUAAAUAAAACUUGAAAGUUUACUCACUUUUUUCCUCUUGGAUUGUUUUAUCGAAAUUUGUUUAAAACACAGCAACACAAUGGAGUUUUUGUUUGGCUCCCGAUCAAGUAAAACAUUUAAACCCAAAAAGAAUAUACCUGAAGGUACUCAUCAAUAUGAUCUCAUGAAACAUGCUGCAGCCACAUUGGGUUCGGGUAAUUUACGAAAUGCCGUAGCCCUGCCAGAUGGUGAAGAUCUUAACGAAUGGGUAGCCGUAAAUACUGUGGAUUUUUUCAAUCAAAUCAACAUGCUGUACGGUACCAUCACAGAAUUUUGCACUGAAGAAAGUUGUGGCAUUAUGUCAGCUGGUCCCAAAUACGAAUAUCAUUGGGCUGAUGGUUACACAGUUAAGAAACCCAUUAAGUGUAGUGCACCCAAAUACAUAGAUUAUCUCAUGACCUGGGUACAGGAUCAGUUAGACGACGAAACCUUAUUUCCCUCCAAAAUUGGAAUACCAUUUCCAAAGAAUUUCCUCAGUAAUGCUAAAACUAUAUUGAAACGUUUAUUCCGUGUUUAUGCACACAUAUACCAUCAGCAUUUCUCAGAAGUUGUGACAUUAGGCGAAGAGGCCCAUCUCAAUACGUCGUUCAAGCAUUUCAUAUUCUUUGUACAGGAGUUUAAUUUAAUUGAACGCCGUGAGCUGGCACCUUUGCAGGAACUUAUUGAUAAGUUGACAGCAAAAGAUGAAAGGCAAAUAUAGGAUUCAAUGCAAGUUGUGGGGACUUCGCAUGGAAUGGAGUUUUGAGUUUAAGUAACCUGCUUUUUAUUUUAUUACUUUAAUUCUAUAUUUUUUAACCUUUUUAUGAUUUACCCAAGAGUAGUAUUUAAUUUUUUUAAAUAUAUUUUAAACGAAUUUUUGUUUAAUUUUUCUUUUUUUUUAAAAUAAUUUUUAUUAUAAUUUCUUAAAAGCCACCGAUGACAAUGGAAAAUUACUUGUACAGAUACUAAUUAAAAUUACAAAAAAAAAAAAACUAAAACGGAUAAUAAAUUGUUUAUUUAUACACAAGCACACACA